UCAUAAUCUACUAACCUAUAAUUCAAUAUGGAAAUUUUAAAUGAAUUAUUUCGAAUGGUACCAUUGUAGAUAACGCCUGGUUCUGCAGUCACCGUAAGAUGGUUUCAACUUCAAAAAAAUUGUUUCUGCCAAUAACACGUCGAAAUGCUUCGAGUAGUUUCAUAUGACGAAUAUCUUGAAUGGUGAAUACCUUUCAUAGUGAUAGAGAAAAUGGUAAAGUCCGUAGUUCUAGUGUUCUUUAAAAAAGAAACCAUUUCUUCGUUUUUUGUGUACGAAUUAACCAAUCUGGGGUAUGAAGUUGAUAAAGUUUUUAUACAAGAAGAAAGCGAAAAGGUAGUAACUGACCAAUUCACCUCGCUAUCAAGACACUACGACAUAGUUAUCGCGGUAUUUGACGUAAAUAAUCGCAUUUUAACGAAAGCCCUAGCCAAUAUUUGCGGCGAAGACAGUAAGAGCUUAGACGGAUUACCAUCAGCCUCGAAGAAACUCAUCAACGGAAUUGUUCAUCCUGUAAUAUACUUACACAGGAUUUUCAUAUUGAGAAAGGACGUUGCAGAGAAGCAGUUUACGGAGUUACUAAAACCGCAUUUGGAGACUUAUGCUGCUAGAGCAAAGUUCAGCAAGGUGGUGCAUCUCCAGAAGAAUGGAAAUACUAGCAGUAUAUUGAAGAAACUCAACGAAUUGGUGUCUGUGCAAUUGGAGGAUUUGCAAGAGCUGUCGAGAAUAACAAUCACGCACGAAAACUUCGAGAACGUCGUAGAGGGUGAACAGUUGCUCAAGAAAGAGUUGCACGACAAAUUUGUAGAGUCUUACGAGGAGAAUGAUGUUCUCGAAUGUAUUUAUAGAAGUAAGGAAGCCUACAUCCGCCGAGCCUUAGAAGUUAUAGAAGAAUGCUUCGAAAGUUACGGUGCCGAGAACAUCUUCCUCAGUUUCAACGGCGGCAAAGAUUGCACAGUCCUACUGCACCUGGUGUACACCGUUUUGAGAAUGAAGUACCCCAACUACAAGAAACCGAUAUUGUGCCACUACGUCAAAAGCGAAGAUACUUUUUCAGAGCAGGACAGGUUCAUAUCUCAAUGCCAGACUUAUUACAAUCUGGACAUCAUCAGUGUCACUCUGGAAAUGAAGGAAGCCCUGGGUCAGUUGCUCAAAUGCAGGCCAAACCUCAAAGCGUGCCUCAUGGGAACCAGAAAGACAGAUCCUUAUUCGGGGGAGCUGAGCGUUUUCCAGAUGACGGACCCUGAUUGGCCCCAAGUAAUGCGAGUGAACCCGAUCCUACAUUGGCACUACUCCGACAUUUGGGACUACUUGCUGUACUACAAAAUCCCGUACUGCAAGCUCUACGAUAUGGGGUACACGUCAUUGGGCAAUGCCUCUAACACCAUUAAGAACCCCAGUUUGGCCUACUUCGAUGAGAAACUCGGCGCUGAAUCGUACUUACCUGCUUAUAAAAUGAUGAAUGAAUCAGAAGAGAGGAGCGGGAGGAACGCCCGGUUGUGAUAUUUACAACAAUAUACUGGAUUUCAUUUUGACUUUGUUUUUAUUCAAUUAGGACCAAAGGUUUUAUAUUUGUUAUCAAUAGUGUGGAUUUUAAUAAAUUUACUCAUCUGUUUUACUUUAUUCA